CCUCACCAGUCACCCGGUCAGGCGCCAACGUACAAAUGCGUCGCUUGUACAGCAGCUGCCUGCCAACACAUAGCGCACUUACAGUGUUUCGGUGUUUUGCUCUACUCUAGUAUUCUCUGACCUAAUGCACGUUACUAUUGUAAAGAAGUGAUAUUAUCGAAUAGGUACUCAAAACGGUGACCGGUGACUGCCGGCAACGAUAGUUAUCAUACGGCCGUCCAGUCGCACGUUGCUGCGGUACUGCUCGUAAUCGAGUUGCCGUUUAUUUAUUAAAAAAACCAUUAACUUAUUAUAUUAAAGUGAACCUUUUUAUCGAACGAAACUACGAUGAGUGUAUCGGAAUAUUUGCCUUUUGCCAACUGCAUUUUGCAUUUAAUUGCAGCAGUUACUAUGGUGUACUCGGUGUACUUUAAUUUUUUCCAUGUUAAUAUACCCAAUCAUGUUAAUCCGAUUGAUUCUGCAUUUGGCGGAAAAUUCAAAUAUCUUACAUUUUUAAAUGGGUGUUUUUCCGCAUUGUUUUUUACCUAUGCAGUAGUCAUAGAUGCAAGUUUAAUCGUUUUCUCACCAGAUUCGCCAGUUUUUGACAAAUUAGUUCAAAUAAAGAGCUAUUUCUUUGCCAGUAUAACUUUUCCUCUGAGUAUGUUUGUUUCAACGACUUUCUGGAGCUUGUGGUUUAUCAACCGUAAUUUGGUGAUGCCUCAUGAUUUCGAUUUAUACUUUCCUAACUGGUUGAAUCACACAAUGCACACAUUUGUUUUCAUAUUUGCUCUUUUGGAAAUGAUUACAGCCUAUCGUUCUUACCCUCCACGAAUUAUUGGUUUGUGUAUUCAUCUAGGUCUACAAUUGUUAUAUCUCAUAUGGAUUCAUAUUGUAUACAGUCAAUGUGAUCAAUGGGUGUAUCCGAUUCUUACCGAGUUGAACAUGUUAUUUAGGUGGUUAUUCUUCUUGGGCACAUUCAUUUACACUGGCACUCUGUACCUAAUUGGAGAAUAUGUUAACAAAAUAGUGUGGGGAUAUCAACCCCUAAAGGUACAAAAUGAGUACAGCCCGUAGAUGUUAUGCUAUUUAAGCAUUUUUCGAUGAAAACAGUAUUGUUGGAUUCAGUGAUGAGACUGUGUCAUUUUAAAAAAACGAAUCUCUAGUAUAUUAGUAAAAAAUUAUUAUAUUUUUUUAUGUUUUGACUUGUGUACUGACAUUAAAAUUAUCUUUGCUGUAUUAUUAAUACUUCACGAAUUAGUUAAAAAUUAAGGAUUGGAUGGAUUAUUUAUUUUUAUUGUUUAUUUUUUUCCACGGUGAAUUUGAUGAUUAAAUACACUUAAUAUUAAUAUUGAAUUUUAAAUCAAUAUAUCUAUUACGUUAUUUUAAUAGUAGUCAUAGGAUAAAUUUUAUAUUUCGUUAGUUUGAAACAACCAAGUUCGUGUCAACUUAUAAUGAUGCAUCAUAAAUUACUCAAGGAGUAAAAUUUGUUCGCAGGUUCAAGAAAAACAACAGUAAUGAUUUAUUUCAACCACUUGAUUAUCAAAAUUUUUAUGGUGCUAAAUAAAAUUAUUAUUAAUAUUAGAAAUGUUUUGCAUGAAUAAUAAUAAUUUUUUUUUUUUGAGAUUUAAAUGUAUGUUUAUUAUUAGUACUAAAAACCGCGUAAAUUAUUUUUUUACCAAACUAAUUGUAUGUUUUUUGUGGAUUGAGGCCUUUUAAUAUUUAACAUAUUUUUACCUAAUACUAUGUCGGUAACUUAAUUUUAACAAUAAAAUACAUAACAUUGUUUUUAUUAAUAUUGAGUUGUAUAUUUUUUAAAUUAGUUUUAGUGUAAUGUGUUUACUAAACCAGCAAAACUUUAGUUUUGUAGAUUGAAUCAAAUUGAUUAAUUUGUAAUAUAAAAAUUGUUAACUAAGAAAGAAUUAUUUUUUUAUUGUGAAAAAUAAAAUUAGUGUUUUAAUUAAUA